GUCAUUAGGAAGGUUGAGCAUGUAGUGAAUAGAUUGAUCUUUGAUGUCAGAGUUUCAUAAUUGUAAUUUUUUCAUGUAGAAUAAACCAGACAUUGGAGUAUUACCAGCAAAUGUUCAAAUCAUUAAAUGGGGUUGUUCUGCCUGGUGGAGGUCAAGACCUAAAGACAUCAGGAUAUGCUAAGGCGUCACAAUUCUUCUUCGAAAAGUCUGUAGAGGCGUAUGCCAAGGGAGACAUCUUUCCCAUUCUCGGCAUUUGCUUGGGGUUCGAACAGCUGACUGAGAUGGUGUAUGGAAAGAAUUGGCUGACGCAGUGUGAUGCUGAGAAUGUACUUCUACCUCUCAAAUUCCUUCCAGCAUACAAUACCAGCAGGCUGUUCAAAGGUUUCACCCCGGACUUGUUGGUUGCUCUGGAAACUAAGCCAAUCACUGCCAAUUUCCACCACAAAUGCAUGACACCGAAGAAUUUUUCAUUGUCUGGAUUGGAUAAAUUCUAUGAUGCUUUGUCCACGAGCAUUGAUAAAGAUGGCUUGGAGUUUAUAUCUACUAUGGAAGCCAAGAAGUUUCCCUUCUAUGGCUUACAGUGGCACCCGGAGAAGGCCGUGUAUGAGUGGACGGAGCGAGAGCAUCUUCCACACAGCUAUGAAGCCAUCAGGAUCUCGCAAACAAUCAUCAACUUCUUCGUCAACGAAGCCAGGAGAAGCCGGCACGCGUUUGUGAACAGUACGGUGGAGAUGACGUCGCUCAUCUAUAAUUACCCGCUGUACUACGCUGCCAUGAAGACUAGCAAGUUCACACAGAUCUACUCCGACAACGAAACAGUCGCAACGAAAGGGAGCCGACCUUGAAAGCGGGGGACGAUGUGGUUGUUUUCUACAGUUUUCCGGUGAUAUUUCAGGCAGUUAGCACGAUUUGGAUGAUUAAGCAUGAUCGAUUCGUCUCGUAAAAUGGUUGUUGCCUUGGAAUUGUAUUUCCAUGAGUAAGUGUGAAUAUGAGAUUGGCUACUUGAUGUGAUCGUUAUAGUUAUUUCAGUGUAUAUUUUGAUAAGAAUGUUAAAAUGAGAUCUAUGUAUAGAUUUGAUGAUAUAUUGCAAUAUUUUGAUUAUUUAUAGCGUAUAUGUAUAUAAUUAAAUAUUUUUAUUGCGGGUAAUUCAUGCAUCGACACAUACUAUAUAAUUGAAAUAAUUGUUGAAUACAUAAUGUGAGUAUUUAAACAUGGCUUGCAGUUUUUUGUAUUGAUCAACUCAUUACUUGUCAUGAAUAUCUUUUAGCAUUACCUAAUAAGCAACAUGUUUGUUGUAAUUAUGAUGUCUAUGGGAUUAAUCUCCCAGUUUUUGAAACUGACAGAUAAAAAAGCAGAAUCUGCGUACUUCUGAGUCUAAACCGA